AUGUGGGACUAUGAGCCAACUCCCAAGGAGGCUGAGAAGGACUUCUAUGAGGGUGCCCAGGGUGACGGCAAGCCGACAUGGAAGAGCUAUUUCAAGGGCAAAUGGAAGAGCACCAAGGCGUCCACCUACAAGGCCUUCCACACGCAUGACAAGGAGGGCCGUCGAUUGAAGCCGAAGGCCAUGUUUUGUUCCAAGUACGCAGCUGCUGUGUGGUCCUCGGCCAUCGGCAACCCCACGGCGGAUCCCGACGCCGCGGUCCGCGCGGCGGAUCUGCGGAAGAUGAUGCCCUUCAACCCAGGUGCAUGUUCUCCAUGGACUCUGGUGCGCUGGAUUGUGAGCAAGUCAGGACGAAAAGCCUGGAAGAGUUGCAUCGCAGAACCGGGCAUGGGGAAUUGGAACCCCUGUGAACAAACUGAACGAGUUGAGUUGCUUCGACCCGGUCGCGAAAGGUCCUGA